AUGCGAAUAAUCAGCAUCAUCAGUCUUCUCCUGACCUAUGUUCGUUUCGCAACGGCCGACCCUUGCGCCGACAUUGCCGGGAAAGCCUUCGUCCCGCCUGCCGCCGCGUUAGCUUGUCUAAAGUCUUUCCCCUUCAACGAGACCUUGCGAGUCAAUAUGAUGAACAACGCCGCUCGCGUACUUGACUUCUACACCUUCGAAGAGUACUACUUGAAAUCUCCCCCACCCUUUCAAGAGUCGACAGUUAAUAUCAGGGCAACACUUGCACGAUUGAAUGCCACAGCGUACGAGACCGAUUAUGAUGCCAGCUGGGAUCUUUACAUGUUCACCACCCAAAUGAACGAUGGCCACACGCGCUGGUUCCCAAAUUGUUACAACUCGUAUCAAAAUGUCCUACCGGCACCGGUAAUCACGGCCUCAGUGAACGGCGAAGAGGGCGUGUACAUCGCCCCAGACGCCGUCGAGUUUAUAUCCCUGCUAGGCGAAGAGUACACCUCCUUCUUCGAUUCUAUUCAUUUUAACUGGACACGAUUAGCUGGUGCUAAGGUCCUCGCGAUCGAAGACCAAGAUCCUUAUGCCUAUGUCGAUACGAUUGCAUCGACAGUAUCUGGAAACUACCUCGACCAUGGCGUCCGCGUAAACUCGGUUUUCUCGAGCUACAGGAUCUCCGGCACCGACUUUUCGCAGCGCGUAGGCGAUCUAGCAGGUCCCAUCGGUGUAGUCCAGACAGCAGUCAAAUUCCAAUUGAUACCUGUCGGUUCCACUAGUGCGGAGACAGUGACCGUACCGUUUUUGGCUAAUUUUAUAGGUGUUCCUUUUACUGAUGCAGAGUCGUUUUGGGCGAAUAAUUGUGCGGCAAAUGAGGCUACAAAUGGUGUUGACAAUAAGGACGUGGUUUCUGCGGCAACCGUAUCGGCAAAGAGCCGUCUUGCCAAGGCUGAGAUCAUCGACCUUUCGAAUUCUAGCGCUGUUGGCUUGCCGCAACAGUUUAUACCCACCCUUCCUCCUGUCAGCGGAAGUACUGGGGUCAUCAAGUCAUAUAUCCUUCCCGGAAAUCAUACUGGGGUCAUGUUCGUCGGUUCGUUCGGCGGCGACUUUGACGCGUUCAUGUCCGAUGUCGUUCAAACCAUCACCGCGUUCCAGGAGGCCGGCGUUACCCGUUUAAUCCUAGACCUGACCAACAACGGUGGCGGGUUUGUCUGCUUGGGCCAAUUCCUCUUUCAGUAUCUUGCUGGUUCUAGCUUUGGAUAUCCUGGCUUUCAAUCCACCACCCGGGGGAAUAUACUCGCACAGAAGAUUGUUGCUUCGGAUAUUGCCCUGGGAAACGACGAUACCAUAACCUUCUACAGCGCUGACAAUUGGGCGUUUUUGAACGGCACUCAAAUGCCAGCCUCGUACGACUAUCUGGAUCCCUUGGUACCAUUCGUCGUCAAUAAUGUAUCAGAUCCUACUUCUCAGCGUUUCCACGAUACAUGUACAUUGUCAUUUACCCAGCCCAUUCCGGAGAAUCCUCCCUUUGAUCUUGAGCUAUCUUCGGCUCGCAAGUGUUCUAAGCAGUCAAUAGUCGGUAACGGAAAUUGCGCCUCUACGUGCGCAAUGUUCAGUACGCUCAUGAAUGAACACUUCCUCACCAAGAACGCGGUGUUUGGAGGGAAGCCGGGAGAGAAUGUGGAGUUCAAAGGAAUGGCUGGUAAUCAGGUGCUGGAAUGGACUGAUUUGGAUUCGGAGAUCAAGACCGCUGAUUUGGACGACGACCCAUUGGCUCCCCCGGAUCUGCUGAUUUCUGGUAACUUCCGUGUAAACUGGCGAACAGCAUGGAGCUUCUUUGAUGAACAGAAACCUAUUGCCUAUGUAUCUGAACUUCCGAGAUUCCGCUUUCCCUACACCUUCGACACGUACAACAAUCCUCAGAACCUAUGGCUCUUCGCGUAUGUGUAG